GCAGCUCGUCCUCCGGUCUCGGCAGCUGAUGCUCCAGUGCUAAAACUAGGUUGUUUACCUCAGGUUACGCUUUUUAUUCUCACAAAAAAAAAUAACAAUGGAAGGAAAUUUCUGCAACAUCCAGGUGCUUCUUCGGGCCGCCGAGUUUCUGGAGAGGAGGGAGCGAGAGGCAGAACACGGCUAUGCUUCAGUCCUGCCUCUCAGCUCAGCUCACUCCGAUAAGAGAAGCAAACAGAAGAGCAAGAAGAUAUCUGCUGGUGGCAAUAGCAGGUCAGUUCACAAUGAGCUGGAGAAAAACAGACGAGCACAGCUGAGGUACUGCCUGGAGCAGCUGAAGAGGCAGGUUCCCCUGUCGUCGGACUCCACCAGGAACACCACGCUCAGCCUGCUGAGACAAGCCCAGCUACACAUAAAGAAGCUGCAGGAACAGGACGAGCGCGCGGAGCAGCUGAAGGACCGUCUGCGCUGGGAGCAGAGGGAGCUGCGGGUUCGGCUAGAGCAGCUGCAGAGAGGAACAGAGAGGAUGAGGAACAACAGCCAGGGCUCCACCAUGUCCUCCGAGAGGUCAGACUCAGACAGAGAGGAUGUGGAGGUUGAUGUGGAAGGCAUUGUGUUCGACUGUCUGGACUCUGAUGGACUGAACAUUGCACACACUGACGCAGACCACUGUUACUCCAGCAUGGACAAAGCCUGGCUAUGACACUUUUGAGCAUCCGGUGUUUGUCGGGCGGGAAAGACGAGGAGAAAAAGAAAACAUUCCAAAAACAAGAGCACGAAGGACGAUGGAGAUCAGAGAAAGAUGUUGUUGUACAACAGAACCUCUUUCUUAAUUACUUUCUUUAUUCUUUCUACAGGACAACGUUUUGGCAUUGUUUUGUUCAAACGACUACAAGCUGAACACGGGUGAGAUGUGUCCAUUUGCACUGAAUAGCAGUUUAAAUCACUGAGCUGGGAUGGAUGUCACAUCUUGCAUUCUUGUACUUUUUUAUCAACUAUUUUUAUUUCCCCAAAGCCAUGAGGUGUUCAACUUCCAAUAAUUCAAGCAUUAGUUCUUCUUGCAGGGCUUUUUCACUUAAAAAACAGCCUUUUAUACAAAAUUCCUAACUCAACGUCUACAGUAUGUCUGUCCCGACCUCUGCCUUAAAUUACAUUACAUGACAUUUAGCAGAUGCUUUUAUCCAAAGCGACUUACAACAGUGGAAAACAAUCGAGCUCCAGUUACAUAGUAGAUCACGAGGUAUGUGUAGAUAAAACAGUGUUCAAAUAAGUGCCGCUAAGAUGACGUCCAAGUGCAGUUCAGGAUUAGAGGUGGAGCGCAGUUCACGGCAGAAGGUGUUCUUGGAAGAGGACUGUUUUCAAGUUCCUCAUGAAUGUAGAGAGGGACGGCUCUGGUGUUGUGGCCACAGGAGAGGGCGAAGCCAGCUUGUGUUCUACUCGUGAAGGGGUGCACGCCUGUAUGAUCGGGUUUAUAUAGGCGGGUGCGGACCGCGAGAUGACCUUGUAGGCAAGUGAUAGAGACUUGUGUUUUAUUAGAGCAGGCACAGCUAGCCAGUGAAUCUCAAUGAACAGAGGUGUGACGUGUGCUCGUCUGGUUUGAUGAACGUUUUUGUAGCGGUUUGAUCGUACAAGCUGGGAGGCCGGCUUGGAGGUCAUUGUAGUAAUCGAGGCGAGAUAUAACCGUGGCCUGUACCAGGAGUUGCGAUGCAUAUUGAGUCAGGUACUGUCUCAUUUUUUCGUAUGUUGUAGAGAGCAAAGCGGCCCGACCGGCGUGGUCAGUCGCUAAGUAGUUGUCAAACAUGACACCCAGGUCCUCUGUGGGAGUGACAAAAAUCAGGUUUGAUCCGGUUUUCCACACAGCUUUACCUUAGCACUAAGUUUAUAUCUCACCAUGUCAUUUUUGUUCAUGCACUUCAUCAUUAUUCUGUGAUAUGCUUUGUAAUUGCUGUUCUAUUUUAUAAGAUCAGUGACAUGUUUAGCUCUUUUUUUUACCCUUCUGUUGCACAUAAAGUCCUUUUGUUGCACUUGUUUUCGUACAAAAAGGUUUGGGGUGUAUCCAAAGGAGAACAGUAAACAAGAAUUAACUAGUCAAAUUUGCACAUUCAUGUUUGGCAGUUAAGUGAUAAUUUGAAAAAUGGUGCACAGUUCAGUCUGAGCACCAUGAUGUAUUCUGACUCCUGCAUUUUAGUUGUGAGCAUUAAAGUCAGUUUGAUUCAUUGCUGACAUAAACUGAUGUUUCUGAAGGGUGUCGGGCACCUGAACUUGUUCACUUUGUCAUUUGUGCAUGUAAAAUGUUAAUUAUGCAUACAGCAAUUUCUCAAUUCAGGCAGGUGAUAUCUACUUGUAAUGAUUAUGCAAACGAUGCGCUGUUACAAGUUUGUACCACGUAUUUUAACUGAAGGUGCUUUUUCCCCCCUUCCUUCACUUUGUGUAUAUGCAAGAUGCCUUAUUACUUCAUAAUCUCUCUCCACCCAGUAAUACUAUGUAGCAUUUUUGUAAUGAUGUAAGCUCUUUUUUUUUUAAACAAAAAAACAAAUAAAUAUUUUCUAUAUUUA